AUGAAAGUCUUCGUCAACGCCAUCCCAGUCGCUAAAGUAAUGGUGAUCGAAGGUGGAAACACCCCCGAUGCGAACAUCCAACAAAAAGCAAUGAACGAGCGACCCCUGCACCCGUAUGAACAGCAAGAGGCUCCAUUAGAAGCAUAUAACAACCGACCCAUGAUGCCUCCACCAAUGUGGGUUCUACAAGCCAGACAAAUGGAACAGGCUCAGGCUAUGCGUCAGUGGAGAUGGCGUCGUCUGCAACAGGCUAUCUUUGAACAGCAAAUGAUGAGAGAGGCAAUGGCAAGAGCCGAGUGGGCACAGGCAGAACAACAGCAACGAGCAAUCCAGGAAGAACAGCUGGCCCGUGCAAUUGCUCAAGCUCGCUGGGAGCAGAUGCAACGAGCCCGUGCAAUGGAGGAGUACCAGGCCGAAGUGCAACGAGCCCAAUGGGAACAGGCUCAACGAGCCAACUGGGAACGUCUUCAGAUGCUCCAACAACAGCAGCUACAACAACAAUUCCUCAUGCCACAACAACCGUGGAGAUCGAGAUCGGAACCGUCUCCCCAGACCAGACAACAGCAGAACUUCGUGAACCCUCGCUAUCCCCAGCAGUUCUAUUUCUACCCACAACAAGUGCCACCUCAGCAACAACAGCAACAACAAUUCUUCUUCCCACAGCAGCAACCGUUCCAGAAUCAGCAGCAACAAUGGCCGGUUCCUCAGCCACAGCAACAACCACAAGUUCUAACCCGACCACAUGACGCAUCACCGGCUCAGAUUCUCUCCAUGCAACAACCGACUGUACCACCUGCACCAGAAAUGGGCAUGCACGACAAGAUCUACCAGGAGAUGCAGAAGAAAUCGCAGUUCAUGGAAUUCAACGGCCCCUCCAAACCCAUCUGGACCGCCAUCACGCCUACACCCGAGAGCCCCGGAAACUACGAUCAUGAUGCGAUCUUCCAAGAGAAUAUGAAAAAGAUCAAUGAAAUGUCGACAACCACAGCUGCUCCGGUGACAACCGUCAAGAUUGACGUACCAACUGAGAAUGUCCCCAAGCCAGCUGAGGAACAGAAGCCUGAGCCAGAGAAUAUUUUCAAGGCAGUAGAGGAGCAGAAGCCUGAGGAAGCACAGAUUCCGGAUGAAGACUCUGAGGGACCUGUUGCACCAGUUGUCAUUGAGGACAGAUUCCCACGUCUUGGUGCUAGAACUACCGUACCUGUAGAGACCACCACUCCUGUAGCUGAUGUCGAGAACGAUGAGGACAUGGAGCAUGAUCCACUCGCCGCGUUUCUGAGAUAUUUCGAACAAGAAGCACAGAAGAUGCGUGGCCCUCAUCCGAAGACCGCUGUUGUAGACAGCGAAGUGCGCAAGGAGGAUCCUAAGACG